CUUUCCAAAGACGUCCGGUAUGCUUCCUUGUCACGGUCGCCUGUUGUGUGCUGGGACGGAACUUUUUUCUGAUCAUCUGUCACAUCGGAUUGUCAAGAUUGCUUUGUUGCUAGUGAGCUAAAUGCAGGCAACUUUCACUCCCGCUACUUGGUUUUGACUGGACUGGAGUCGUCUGCUGAUUUUGUCACAUAGGGAUAUUCGAUCAGAGGUGUCUUGCCAUACAGUUUCCAGAGCAACAGGUUGCCAGGAUCGUUCUUCUUAUUUUUCAUGACUCUGCUAGACCAUACCCUGUCGCACGAUUACUCCGAUUGUUAACGAUUCAGGAGGAGAACCUUGUUUUAUGUUACAUGCGCUCCACCACACUGGGUCCUGUUACUUGUUUUAUCCUGGAUGGGGCGGAGGAUGAAGGUGUUGCGCUGUUUGAAUUAUUGAUGGUCAGUGACUUUUUGGGAGUAAGCAGCCAGAAGAAAUCUCUCAAGGCAAGGAGCUUUAAAUUACACUAUUUGAAAAAUCUAGCUAUGCCAGUCCCACCACCUCCUCCACCACCACCACCACUCCUUGCCCCUGCCGUUGGUGGCCCUCCUCCUCCUCCACCACCACCUGCAUUUUCUCAGGGCAACGCUGAACAGCCCAAACCUAAGCCAAAUGAGCAGAAAGGCCGUAGUGCUCUAUUGGCAGACAUUCAGAAAGGGAAACAACUGAAAAAGGUCACACAAAUUAACGACCGCAGUGGCCCGGCGAUUGACACACCCAAGUCCCAAAGCCAGGAUGCCGGAGUGAGCACAUGUAAAUCAGGGCCUUCUGCAACCCCUCUGGGUGGACUAUUUGCAGGAGGCUUCCCUGUCCUUAAACCUGCUGGUCAAAGAGAAGGCCAAGGAUUGAAAUCUGCCAUUUUACCAUCAGGAAGCCAGUUUCAGACACCAAAACUUUCAAACACAGACACUGGUAAAGCAAAAUCAGGUGUUAUUUCUCCUCCUGUUGUAGAAAACUCCAGGGCUCCAAAAAUACCAGACUCACAAGCACGUCGAUCGAGCCUGCCAGUACCACCACCACCUCCUCCUUCACAUGCUAAGCCUAUAUUUAGCCUACCUGGUACCCCAAAUUCUAGCUCUUCAAUGCCACCUCAGGAGAAACCCAGUAAAUUAUUACCUCCUCCACCUCCUCCUCCAUCCUUAUUGAACAGUAAACCCACUUGGCAUCAAAGCCACCAGUCCUCUCCAACACCUCCAUCACCUCCACUUCCUCCUCCUCCUCCUCCUCCAUCUAUACCAGCAUCUAAACUCCCAGACAGACUAUCAGGAAGCUUCCAAUUCCCUCCCCCACCUUCCAUGCCUGAUGGUUAUAGUAGAGAUAGUUUAGUGACUCCUUCACCAAUUCCCAAUUUUCCUACUAGUAAGUGUACUCUAACUUCACCCCACCACCCCCACCUCCACCUCCUCCACCUCCUUCUAAAUUAACUGUGUAUACAUCCAAGUCAGACUUGCACUCUGUGCCGCCUCCUCCUCCCCCUCCACCAUCUGCCACAGCAAAUGCAACCCUGGCACAUAGAAGACCACCAGCAGUGCCCAAAGGACAAGGCGGUGGAAGGCUAGCACCCCCUGUGCCACCUGCACGUUCACCAUCUACUGAACUCACCAGCAGAAGCCCUGUAUCUUCAGUAACAAACUGGCCACCGCCACCACCACCACCACCACCACCUCAUGUGUUCCAUACAUCACUGUUUUCUCAGAAUGGGCAAAUUAACAGUUGUGAUGACUUUGAAUCAAAGUUCAAAUUUCAUUCCAUGGAUGACUUUCCACCUCCAGAUGAAUUUAAACCAUUUCCAAGAAUAUAUCCCAGCAAAGAGUCAAAGGAAAACUCAAAACCGCCUGUCUUAAGGACUCAUUUGAGAUAAGGAAUAGAAAAAGUUCAGAAACCAAACAUCCCAGCAGAUAAAGAAUUUUGGAUUGUUUUAGAGAAUACAAAACAAGAAACACAAACUCUGAUACCACCGUGUAAACCAUGUGAUUCAGCUUUUAAGGUGAACAUUUAAAGUGAAGGGCAGUUUUAAAAUGAUCUAUUUAAUUUACAUAAUACAUCAAUGUGGUAUCAAUUUAGUGCAGCACUGAAAUGAUAUAUUGAAUUUUAUUAUAUUUAUCUACUGAUUGCAGUGGGCUGGCACCCUGCCUGGGGUUUGUUUCCUGCCUUGCGCCCUG